AGCCUAAAGUUAUGUCACGUAAUUAUGCAUAACAACUAAACCUCCUGGUAGCCGUGACAAUCGCAAUAAGCUCGAUAUACCACACGUAAUCCGCGAGACAGAUUAAAAUAAAUACAAUAAAAGCAAUAUAUAAACCUACGGAAGCAGAAUUUCGAUUCAAUCACUACCCAUGAGCAAGUAACCGGCGAGCUAGCUAGCUAGCCUUUCGAAUUAUAAAUCCCACCAGCCCAUGUUUAAAUAAUUCAGUAUUGCGGUGUCCUGCAGCGUCAAAUCGUCAAAUCGAAGGAAGCCACGUGCGGCGAUGAAACGAGUUUGUGUUUUCCAAGUGCAAUGAAGUGAUUUUCGACUGGCUGCCUAAAACACAGCGUUUGAUUCAAAUCUAUUACCGAAGAAGCAAAAAUUCCCUGUGCAAUAGUGAACUGAAAACAACGAUAGCCGCUUAGUGAUAUCAACGAGUAAUUAAGAAACGGUUUUUUUUUUUGAAUUAAUUCAGGCGAAUAUUUAGUUCCGCAUCAGUAUGGAGUUCCGAUUCAACUGUCAUCCGCUGUUUCGGCAGCGCAUCGUGCGGAUAAACAACUCGCUCUUGCCAACCGGAUUCGUAGCCCAGUGCCGACGUUCAGCGCUGGACGCCACCGCACAGAUUUCUGAGAUCAUCAAUUUCAUCGGUCAAAUGUCGGCACAAGCUCAGGGCCUAUCGAAUCCGGUGACAACGUCGCAGAAGUUGCGAAACUCUGAUCAUCACAUCUAUCUUAUGUUCGAGCCCAAUGAGAAGCAUGGACUAGUAGUCGGAAUAUUGAAAGUCGGUCGCAAAUCUCUAUACGUGUUUGACCAGAAUGGAGAGACGGUACACGUCACUGCACCGUGCGUUUUGGAUUUUUACGUGCACGAAUCGCGACAACGUGGUGGACUUGGACGGGAGCUGUUCGAACAUAUGUUGAACGCGGAAAACAUUCAACCGGCGGAGAUGGCCAUCGAUCGUCCAUCGGAGAAAUUGCUCGGUUUCCUGCAAAAGCACUAUGGACUGUACAACAAAAUUCCACAAAUGAACAACUUCGUUGUGUAUGAAGGUUUCUUUUCAAGCAAGCAAAAUGCCUCCGACAUCGAUGGCCGUCGCAUGCACAUCACUGCUAGUCCUAACACCAAUCUAUUCGGACCCACAUUCACCACCGCCCAGGACAGGCGGAGGUCCAACUCGCAGACGCGUCAGCCAGUUAUUUCCCCGCCGGUCGUCCAGCAACCCCCGGUGGGACGCUAUGCGGCAAAACGACCUUCCUGCAGCAUGGCACAGAUAAUUCACAACAGUGCAACCACGGUUACAACCGAACCUAACAGCUCCACUUCUCCCACUAACAACCAUCAUGCGCCUCCAUCUGCUUCCACUAACAAUAACGAUUACGAAACCGAUGAUCAUCAUCACCACCAUCAUCAUGACAACGGCCACCAGCAAGAGCCAGACCAGCCGGAACCGGAGGAACCGGAAGCACGCACCAUUCCAGCCCAUGAUGAUGUUGCUGAUGAUGCCCUAUCGGCUAAUCUUCAAAAUUUAAACAUGACGGAACCGAUCGAUUACGCUGACUAUCAUCGCCACCAUCACCAUCAGCAUAAGGCAGGUCAGGAGGUGAAGUUUGCCGAUGAGUACGGAGACAUUCCCGAGCCGGUCGCUGAUCCGGAUCCGUACAGCUUCCAUCCGCACCAUCUCGAGCUGACGCAUCACUCGCCGGAACAACGGCAGCAAAUGUUGACUAAUCGUGAAAAUUCUACUUCUCCCCAAUCGAUCAGCCAGCAGCAAACGCCGGAACAUCCGGACCCAAGAAAGCCUAUCCGGUACACGAAGCAGCACACCGGUAUGAAAAAUAUGUCGUUCGGUGUUGGUGCGGCCGUAACUCCAUCGGACAAGAUGGAAUUCGACCAGGAAGAGAACGAAGGCUUCGGAUCAGUCAAGAUCAAUCGACCAAUCGGCAAAUUGCACACGCGCAACAGCCCCAAUGAUAACGAUAACGACUCCGUUCAUUCUAAAGGCUCCGACAGCAGCCAUUUGACCGAACAUGGUCAUUUCGAUCUCAAAUUUUAUCAUAACAAGCUCUGGUAAAAACAGAAACCGGGAAACCAAAAAAAAAUGUAUUGUACAACACGACAAUGUUCGUCUUCUAACCUUUUUAGUCAUAACAGUUACACAAUAUAAGUCAAAAUAUCUAUCUAGAGAGUACAUAUAGAAUUUCAUAUCUAAGCACUUCGGAGCACCGUUUUUCGUAAACCUCAUUCCCAGAUAAUGGAGGCAGCAUGGUCUGUUUACGGAAACUAAUCAGUAUAAUAGUACUAAUAAACCACUUCUCAAUCGAUAUUGUUGUGUAGAUGUCGCUCUUGCAAUUUUCAGUAGUAAACUAACAGUUUAGUGUAUUGAAGCAAAAUAUCUUGAACGCGUAAUGUAAACGUGCGCACAGUUAACGAUAGUUGUUGUUAGGUUUUCAUUCAUUAUGGUUGAGCUUUAUUAGCACAAAUGUUACCAAAAUGUGUGCUUCUCUUUGUUUGUUGAAUAUAUUUGUGUUUUGUUUGGUGCUUUCUGUUGCCUUUGUGUACACUAUACGAGAACUAAGUUUUUACUAAGUCAAGUGAGCAAAAACAAAAAACAAUACACCAGUGCAUUCCUUGCAGACAUUUCCAAGAGGACUAUCUAGAUGAUUACGUCAUUCAUUAACCGACGAAAGAAUCAUUAUUUGCUAUAGCGUUACAAGAUCCACUAUGUAAAGUAUGAAAGAACACAAUAAACCAAACAAAGUGUUAUCAUUGUGCUGGAAAUGAGCUUCUAAUAGAGAACACAACGUAAUCCAUAUAUUAAAAUAAAUUAUGCUAAAAAUGAAA